CAGAUUCACACUAACUGUGGAAUUCAGAAACUAUCUACAAAGUUGUACGUGUUUGUCUAAGCAGUUCAAGCUACUGUUGAGGUGUUUGCAAAACUGAGAUAUUAUUAGUGGGCACAGAACCUAAGCUAGUGAUGGCAUCACUUGAUAAAGAUUAUCCAUGGUCCCAAGAAGACAUUCUGAAGUUACUGGAAUGCAUCAAGAAAAAUAUCCCCUCAGAUGACUCCACAUCAUUCAAAAAAACCCAGGAAGACCUAGACUGGGCCAAAGUGGCUUUUAAACAUUUUUCAGGCAAAAUGUGCAAACAAAAGUGGAUGCAACUUUCUCAUACUUUGAGGAAGUUCCGCACACUGUCAGAAUUAGUGCUAGAAGCCAGUGAACAUAUGAAACAACAGUCCAAAAGGAAGAAACACCCUGACUUCCCCAAAAGACCCCUGACUGCCUAUCUGCGCUUCUACAAGGAGCAGCGGGCUAAGUACUCUCAGCGCUAUCCUAAAUACAACAACUCGCAGCUGGCCAAACUCCUGGCUGAGAAAUACAAUCAGCUGCCAGCGGAGAUCAAGGAGAAAUACAUUCAGGACUUCCGGAAGGAGAAACGGGACUUUGAGGAAAAAGUGACUAAAUUCAAGAGAAGCCAUCCUGAUGUAGAGCAUUAUAAGAAAUCUGUGGUGCUCAGGAGCCAGGAAACCAAAGUCCCUAAGAAAUCACAAAGAGAUAUGGAAAACGUGAAGUCUUCUCCAAAAACAGAUCUUCCCAAAACAUCUCCCUCAGUGAUGAAAUUUCAGAGAGAACCCAAGAAACCCCCUAUGAAUGGAUACCACAAAUUUCACCAAGAUAUGUGGUCAAAUCUGAAGCUGCGCCAUCUACCCUCAAGGGAGCGCUGGGUUGAGAUUAGCAGAAGAUGGCACCAAGUCCCGAAGAGCCAGAAAGAGCACUAUAACAGCCAAGCCGAGGAGCUACAGAAACAAUACCGGGUGGACAUGGACCUCUGGCUCAAGGGAUUGUCAUCUGAGGAGUAUGCCGCCUACAGAGAGGCAAAGGCCAACUAUGGUAAGCGAAAGAAUAUCGCCAUGUCUGGAGGCAACAGCCCCAUGUGUGGACAGACAGAUCAGCAGUCUGCUUCAGCAGAGGAGCAGCAAAAAAGGUCUCGGGAAAUGCAAGGGCUGCUGGCUCCUAGGGAAAUGCAAGUGCUGCUGAUUUCUGGAACAGAUUCCUCGGAAAUUAUUCAGGGCGCUGAUGGUGGCUCCCAGGUAUCCAGGCAGAAUAUGAUGGAAGGUGGAGAAGAGGAAGACUCUAGCAGCUCCUCGGAUGACUCUAGCAGCUCCUUGGAUGACUCUAGCAGCUCCUUGGAUGACUCUAGCAACGACUCUAGCAGCUCCUCGGAUGACUCUAGCAGUACAGAUGAAGAUGAAGAUGGCCGGGCGGUGGAGGUGCAAGCCUCUGAUCCCAGCACUCGGGCUGUAGAAGCAGGCAGGUGUCUCAAAAAAAAAAAAAAAAAAAAAAAAAAUGAAGGACAUCUCUCUUAGCGGAAAGAUGUCGACUCCAUUUUCUUCACUUUCAUAUCCUAAAUCACUGUUUAAGACCCAGGGCAUCCCUGACAGAGAGGGAACUGUCUUCUCUGUGCUUUUGUACUCCCUCGCUUUUUUCUUCUACAUCCUUCCUUGGCUUACUAAAUGCAAAGGAGUACAGUUUGGGGAGAAGGGAGUUUGCCACAGUACUGCCUUCAACAGGUGCAUAGGCUUAGGAAGAUGCUCCUGUAAAAGCUACUUACAUUUUAUUCGAACAAACUAUACAACCGGUUUUACAAAGUUAGGCACUUGUGUUAGGCAAAGUGGUCAGUUAAAUCUAAGACAGUUAGUUCUCUUAGUGCUUGUGAUUCAGGAUAAGUAGAAAUACAGAUAGAUACAGAUAAAUACUCUAUUCUCUGAACUUAUCUGAUGUCUGUAAUGCAUACAUCAGCACCACACUACGGUCAUUAUUUUGCUUAAUGGCAUUUUAGAUAUAUUUAAUGUUAGUUUAUCGUUUUGCUUCUGAAUAA